AUGGUUCAAAUAUGGUUACAAGAUGUUCAUUCAUAUACAAAUAUAUUUGCUGAUAUGCAAUUAAAUCAUUUUUAUUAUUGGUUACAAUCAACAAAAAAUCUUCUUUAUGAACCAGCAUUGAAACGUACUAUUCAAGUAUCUAUGAGAAAAUUACUUACAACAAUAUAUGGAAAUUUAAAUAAAAUUAUUUUAUCAACAAAACGUUGGUCACUUAUUGAUACACGUUUAUAUAUUAAAGUUAUACUUGAACAUUUACAAUUAAAAGAUUUAACAUCAACAAUAUGUUCAGAAUUAAUAUCAAUUUAUCAUUGCUUAUGA